CAGGGCCAUAGUGCAUGCUUUAUGAAGCCCUGCCUGCUCAGCACAUGUUUUCCUGACUCUGAAUUAUAUCAUAAUGAGCACCUACUCCCAAGAUGCCCUGCCUCCAAGUCCAGGCAGCACAUUACCUGUGGAGGGCAGAGGGAGCCAACAUUCUAGCUGAAUCACUCCAGCUCCCCUAGAUCACUUGUUGCCAUUUAUGUGCCCUGAAGAAGGAGUCUCUACCCUUGGACACUGCCACUCCCUUCUUCCAAGCCAAGAACUCACUUCUUACUAUGAAGCUGCUAUUUCUUCUCUUUCUCCUUCUUAUAUGCCUUUGUCAGACAGCAUCAGGGCGCAAAAGAAGUAUGAAAUUUGAUCAGUGUGAGAAAAUGGGCGGCCUUUGCAAGUAUCAGAAAACCCACGGAUGCUCCAUCCUGCCUGCAGAAUGCAAAAGUCGGUACAAACACUGCUGUAGGCUUUAACUGACAUGCGCAGUUCAGCGUGAGAGUAGGCACCUGCUCUGAUUUCCGUGGAAUAAAUACAUCACAAUGCACCCA